AACUCAAUAAAAGGCCAUUCAUUUGAGCAGAAAUUUGAUUUAUCUUUUUAUUUCCUGUUCUCCAGGGUUUCACUAUACAGGCCGUUCAAACUUGGGGGUGAUGUCAAAUUUGUACAAUCAGAAGUUAAAUUUCUCACCUGCAAGAGCUGUUUCUCCUCAUAUAAUUAGGAGCAACCUAGAUGUUGAUAGUCAGUACUUGACAGAGCUGUUAGCAGAAAGGCAGAAGCUUGGACCCUUUACUCAAGUCCUUCCAAUAUGUAGCCGACUCUUGAAUCAAGAAAUAUUAAGAGUUUCUGGAAUGAUCCCCAAUCAAGGACUUAGUGACUAUGACAGACUACAGCGCGGCAGCCCUAGUCCUAUGGCUUCCUUUGACAUGAUGCAAGAUAUUGGAGGAAAACCCUUAGGUGGCUGGACUAAUGGAUGGAACACUCCUCAAGAGCAAAGAUUAGGUGGACUGCAGGGAAUGCCCAUCGACUGGCAAGCAGCACCAGGAAGUCCAAGUUCAUUUGUUGUGAAGAGGAUUUUGCGGUUAGAUAUACCCGUCGAAAGAUAUCCAAAUUUCAACUUUGUCGGACGGCUUUUGGGACCUAGAGGCAAUUCCCUGAAACGGGUGGAAGCUUCUACUGGAUGUCGUGUAUUUAUAAGAGGAAAGGGUUCAAUUAAAGACCCUGACAAGGAGGAGAGUCUAAGGGGGCGACCAGGUUAUGAACACCUCAAUGAGCCGCUGCAUGUUUUACUUGAGGCAGAGUUACCCAUCAAUAUCGUUGAUACACAAUUGAAACAAGCAAGGGAAAUUAUUGAAGAAUUACUAAAACCUGUGGACGAGUCGCAGGACUUAUAUAAAAGGCACCAACUUAGAGAACUUGCUUUGCUGAAUAACAAUUUCAGAGAAGAGAGUCCCCGACCAAGGGGUAGUCUAUCUCCUUUUAGUUCAAGCGGGAUGAAGCGAGCGAAAACUGGCUGGUGACAGAUGCCAAGGCUUUCUUUCUAGACAUGGUGCAUUCAUAUAGCUGCAUGACAAAUUCCAGACUUAAGGAUGCAUAUGGUGUUAUUGCACCUGAAGACAGUGUGGCUUUGUGGACUUUGGCUGUGGUAAAAAUAGUAUGUGACAGAAGAAAAACAGCAUAUGGGUCGAUAACCUCCUACUCAUUUGGGGACUCUAGUUUCUUCUAGUUGUUAGUGUAGAAUUAUUAUUUGAUUUAUUUGUUAUUGACUCACUGUUGAUAAGUGUGGUCUUCUUCAUUUUUUCGUUUUAGUCUCAAGUGUAAUUCAUUACAUCCCAUGUCCAAAUAUAUAAUUUGGUUUAUAUUAAAGCUGGUGGUGUGGGUAUUAGUAGCUAGAUUUUCUCAUUAUUCAUCAGCUAAUCAAAAGCUACAACUUUUUGAUGCU